AAGAAAUGAAAGUGAAAAAAAGGUUUUAUGGUGAAAAAAUGUUGUUUUAGUAAUUUCAAACAAACAAAAUGAUUAUUGUGUAUAUAGACAUUAUUCUAUUAGUUAUUUUGAUGGUACUAAUAGUUUUUACAUGUUGUUAUUAUGGGUACCGAGUCCACAGAUUGAGGCAAAAUGGACAAAUUGCUCUAAUAUUGAAGCCUACAAAAGUUCUCUUCACACACAAGAAGGAAGGUGAAGCUGAUCAACUCAGAACUGUCGUCGCCUACCAGAACCCUCUAACUGGAGACUACUGCGUCCACAAGACGAGGUCUCCGAAGGGAUACGUCAACAAUUUAGAGCCUGUACCAGACUCGCCAGAUAGCGGGGUAUCUGAUGAAUAUGAACCUCUUAAUUUGGUUCCGACAGUCCCAGAUAUCAACCCACCGGGAAUACAUCAGAUUCCUGAUGGAUUGAAAACUCCAAUAUCGCCAGUAUAUGACAACAGUGUCAUUAAAACCUGGAAAUGGGAGUACACAGAGUACCAGAUUUGAUUGCAUGAUCACAAAGCUACAAUUUUAUGAGAACUCAUACAGUUUUGUAUUCUCUGUACGUAAUUUUAAAGGUUCUUAACAUUCAGUUGAUAGAUGACAGCUUUGUUAAGUUUUGGAAAAUUACGAUUAACUUAAAACAAUUAACACAAUUGACUGAAGCGCACAUAUAUAAGGCAGACAACUAGAAAAAUUAGAUAUCGCAAUAUAUAUAAAAUAUGUUUUAAAGUAGUUUUAAGAUUUUCCAUAUCGCUAAAUCACCUGCAUCAUCAGCAAACCCACACUUUCACACCAUCACACAGCACAAGCGAAUUAGUAUUUCAUAAUUCUUUCGUAAAUAUUUAAAUAAAUUUUGUAUUACUUUCUAGGCUAUAUGUUUAGUAUAAUCGUUUUUUGUUUUAUAUAAUUUAUAUUUGCUUUCGUAUAUCGUAGAAUGAAUGUAAUUACCACCAGUAGUCAUAGGAAGGCACUGACGGGCUUGGCAGGCCUGAACUCCGAACUUGACAAACAGAGCUUUAAGAGGAAAUAGAAGAAAUGACUGAUGCAGUUCGUUCUUCGAUUACACUUAACGGUCUAUGAACGAUUUUUGGACAUGAAACAAGGCGACAUUUUCAUUAUAUUAAAAGUACUUGUUGCUACUUUGUAACAUAAGUUCCUUGAGUCUACUUCAUUGUAUUUUAAAUAAAGUGCUAAUACUGUU